UUCACACUCCGGUGCCGUUGGGGGCGAUAUUACAUUCAGAAUUUUAAUUUGAAUGGAAUUUUAACCCACCAACGAAGUAGGAAGCUUUAGCCAAAAUGGCGGCUUCCAUGAUGAGGUUGAUCGUGCCUUUUCAAAGGCCGAUGAUCUUCAAGGUUCAGUGUGUAGAGACUUUGCUGGACACUACUGGAUAUUGUCGUCUGCCUACAGUAACCCCACUGCGGACGAAGAAGCGUUACUUCAUUCCAAAGAUGCAUGACACAAAAACACAGAGCAAGGCUGAGCAGGAGGCACAGGCCCGCAGUGCUGGCAUGGUGGUCCAGCAGGAAUAUAUGGAGAGAGCCAUCAACAUUGCCUGCACUGCUGGAAUAUUUGAUCCUUACAUUCCGCCAGAAGGUGAUGCGCGUCUUUCGAAGCUUUCCAAAGAAGGACUGAAGCAGCGCACAGAGCAGCUUAGGCAAAGUGCCGCUUCACAUUUAGCGAUUCGGAAAAUUAAGGAGCAUGAUCCACAGUUUAAUACGAAGGACUUCCCAAAUAAAGCCCUGGAGAUCUUUAUCGAGGCUCACUCUGCACUUACACAGUUUAACAAGGAGAAGCUACAUAAGCUGGUGACUGAGAGGUGUUAUCCUGAGAUGGUGAGGGGCAAUCGCUACAGGACUCUACGCUGGAGCUUCUUAGAGUCCCUCGAGCCGCCUCGCGUAGUGCAUGCCCGCUGCCCAGAUAUGGUCAGCAAAGGCAACCUCUACGGACAGGUCACACUCCGGUUACACUCUCGGCAGACAGUGGCCAUCUAUGACCGAUUCGGGCGUCUGAUGCUGGGGAAUGAAGAUGAGCCACGGGAUGUCCUGGAGUACGUGGUUUUGGAGAGGCAUCUGAUAAACCCCUACGGCUGCUGGAGGCUUCAUGGAAAGAUCAUCCCAGCCUGGGCUCCUCCUAAGGAGCCUGUUAUCAAGACUGUCAUGAUUCCUGGCCCACAGCUGAAGCCAUGGGAGGAGUUUGAGAGCCUCUGUUAUGAAGUGCCCAAGCCCAGAUCUGUGCAGUGGCACCAAUAGCUCCUUUGCUAGCCACUGUAGAAUAAAAGUCUUUCUCCAAAAGUGUCAGAAAGUGAAUUUCUAUUAUGUGCUUUUCUACCAAAAUUCUGCUGUUAGAACAGUUGUGUUGUUAAAAUCAAGAACUGAAUGCAGCUUUGCUAGAUCAGUCUUUCUAGUAUUUCAACAUCAGCUGAAGCAGGGUGAAGCAAAUAAUCCAGUUUUUGUGGGGAGUAGUGACCCUUUUUUGAAGGUCUAUUGCUAAGCAAAUUAGGACACUGUGCCUGUGAUCAGAAAGUUGCCAGGUCAGAUCCCAGGAUUGGCAGAGUGAUGUCACUGUUGUACUCCUGACAAGACCCUUAAGCCCAAUCACUCCAGGCGAUGUCUGACCCUGCUUUCUCACUUGUGUGUUGCUUUGGAUAUAAGUGUCUAAAUAAAUAAAAUGUAAAAAUACUGAAAUUGUAGUAAGAAAUCCAUGAUCCAGCUUAUUAGGUAGUCCUGCUUCUUCAUAGCUCAAGGGAUGUGGGUUAAAUUUGUAUCUCCGCUCUGGAUUUUACAUGUUUGACCUGCAUUGUGAAGGUCUUCUUCCGCAGUGCAGUGAUGUGCAGAUAGUAGGUGUCUAAAUUCCCUGUAUUGUGUGAGUAUGACUGCAUUGGUUAUCUUAGGUGGCAUCUAUGAAUUGCGUCUAGUGUGUAGCCUGUGAUGGAUCGGCAUCACGUGCUAGCUGGGAUAGGCUACAGACCUCCGUAUGACAAACUAUUAUUACAUUAUUAAAUACUAUGUUCAGUUAGUAAAUUAUUAAAGGUACAGUAGCACUUUCUAUGAAUACCAUGUCUAUAAAAAUUAUGAUCACAUUUGUAAUCACAUUUAUAGAUUAAAGUUCCAUUGAAACAAAGUAUUAUAAUCAGCAAUAUAAUGUCAUGACUGUCAAUAGAAGAUGCUGAAAAGAAGAUGAAAGCUUUAAGUGUUGCCAAAGGUACUUCUGUUUUGCAUAUGUAAUACAAAAUAUUGGGGGCAAAUCAUUUAAUAGAGGUUUAAAUUAAAAUUGUAACCAUGCAGCUACAAA